UCUGACAUUAAGUAUGAGUAGUGUGUUCAUACAGAAAAUUCCAAAAAGAAAAAGUGCACUUUAAAUACACGGAUGCACUAAAUUCACGGAAAAACAAAGUGGAAUGUUGGACACUUCAUGCACUCAACUGUCGCAGCUUUAAUUAUGUAAAGUCUAAAAAUGUAGGGUCUAUUAGACUGCAAUGUUGAAUGGCAAAAUAACCGUAUGACCUUCAUGGUCACCAUGAUUUUGCCAAGUAAGACAUGUUCCUGGAUCAACACAUUUUGUUGAUCCUGGAACAACAUUACAGUCUGAAAAUUUAGUCUUAACCCUGUUCCUACCACUAAACCUAAUUCUACCCAUAACUCAUCCCUAAAAUCAGAGAGAAAAGAUAGGUGAAUAAUGUUGAUGUAGAAGCACCUAACCCUGGAUGUUAGCCUAAACUUGACACAAACGGUUGACUUGUCCCUCAAAUCUGAUUGGAAUGUUGAUCCAGGAAUAUGUCUCACUUGACCAAAUCAUGGUGACCUAACAGGUCAUACUCUACAUGGAUGAGUACAUAGCGUAUAAUGCGUCAUUUGGGACACCAAGGUUUGAUAGACUUUCUUGGGCAUAUCAAGUUUUAUUUGACUGCAGUACAUGUGGUAAAUGCAGUUGUAUGGCAAAUAUUACAUCUUGAGGACUCACAUCUAAGUACUUUAAAGCUAGAUUUCUUCAGUAAUGCAUUAUGAACCUUGAUGACAUGUUUUUAAUUGGCUUGAAAUAAGUUAAUGGUUAGAAUUUAUGUAUUUACAUUUUUUAAAAGACUAACUGAGGUUCCUAAACAUUUGGAAUACAUUUGUUACAAACGCCAGAAAUGUUUUUCCCAACUAAUUAAAGCUUAGAAAAUACAAAUAUCGUUAAAUUGAGUUAGUGAAUACAAUGAGAGUUGCACUUUGAUAUAAAACUAAUCCUCAAAGUAGCUGUUACGUUGUAAUUUAUAUGUUUUAGCAGUGUUUACACAGUCUAAUUUGCCCUAAAAAAAAUAAAACUAGCUGUUUCUGCCGGUGUAAAUACGUUGUGUGGUUGUCAUGGAGACCAGUUUGUUUGUAAGGUGGCGUGAGCUAGCAAGUCAGCUGCUCUUUUAUUAGAUUAACCGAAGAAGUUGCUGCAUUUCUAUCUAUAGAGGUAAAUAAAGUUAUCAACUCCUAAAAGUACAUUUGGCGACUUGUUACGACCAUAUUUGUCGGUAAAUGUCAAGAGCAGGUAUGGAGAAAUCUGAUAUAAUAAAUUUCAGCUGUCUUGAAAAAGAGCUACAAGCGGCGCUGGAAGCGGACAGGAAAUAUCAGAGGGAAAACGAUGCCAAAUUUCGUGCUUUGAGCCAAAAUGUUGCCAGCUAUGAAGAAUUCAGGGACAUAGUACUUGCAUCUCACUUAAAGCCUCUUGAUAGAAAGGACAUCUCUGGUGCACCAAGAAAGCAGCCGUGGAAUCCAAUUGCUUUUGGGACAAAGCAUGAAAGUGCUUCAGCUGAUGAGGUCCAGCCUCAGGUAUCUGAGAUCCAGCCAAGAAGUGCAUCAGAAUUCAUUCGUGACUGGCGCAGAUUUGCAGGGAGCUCUUCUGAAAAGUACAGCCUCCUUGUAAGUCUGGGAGGCAAAGCUCUGCAGGAAAUCUUCAGCACUGAGGUUGGCUUCGGUCUUCUAGGCGAGUUCUUUCUGAUUCUGUCACAGUGUCUUAAGUCAGGGGACGAGGAAAAAGUAAUUGGAGUGCUGGACGGCCUAUCCAGAACUGGCCGUUUCGGCCUCAACCAGUCUCUUCUUAGUCAGGCGGAACAAAAAGCCUGUGAGGAGCUUUUCAACAAGCUACAAGUUGCAGGAGGAGAAUAUCAUACUUCUAAAGAUAAUUCUUCUGACACUUCAAUAGUUUGUGAGGCCAGUCUGACACAUGUGGAGGAUGAUGAGACUGACAUUACAAUAAAACUUAAAGGGUUAAUGGGGAAAUAUGGCAUCCAAAAAUAG